AUGGGAAACUGGGAGUCCCAUCUCUACGAAUGGCCUGCCCAGAAACUGGGUGAGUUUAUCCAGGACAACCUGAGGCUUGAAGACUGUCAGAAACAGAUUGACCAGACCAUGGACACCAUCUGUGCAGUCCUGCAGGAAGCUGAGCAGUUCCCCCUGGUGACCGGUGUGGCCAAAAGUGGCUCCUGUGGCUGGAGAACGGUCUUGAGGGGCAACUCCGAUGGUACCCUCGUCAUCUUCAUCGGUGGCCUUGAACAAUUCCAGGAUCAGAAGAAAAGCCAACAUGACCUCCUCAGCAAAAUCUGGGCACAAUUGAAACGCUGUGGGCUCACAAUGAAGCUGGCAGCCAAGAUGGAGAUCCAGAGCAUCAAUGGCAAGCUCACCAUCCAGCUGCCCACAAAACAGCAGAGCAUCACUUUCGAGAUGCUGCCCGCCUUCAACGCUCUGGGCUUAAGUGAGAAGCCCAGCCUCUGCACCUAUCGAGAGCUCAAAAGAUCCUUGGAUUUGGUGAAAGCCAGCCCCGGUGAGUUCUCAAUCUGCUUCACUGAACUCCAGGAGAAGUUUUUUAGCAGCCACCCCAGCGAGCUGAAGGAUUUGAUCCUCUUGGUAAAGUACUGGCGUCAAAAGUGCCAGGAAAAGCUGAAGGAUUCAUCCCUGCUGCCCCUGUAUGCGCUGGAGCUGCUUACGGUCUAUGCCUGGGAACAGGGGUGUGGAGCAGAACACUUUGACAUAGGAGGCAUCAGGACUGUUCUGGAGCUUAUCAGGAAGCAGGAGCAGCUAUGUGUCUAUUGGACAGUCAACUACAACUUUGAGGAUAAGACCGUCCACAACAUCCUGCUGGGCCACCUCCGAUCCCCAAGGCCAGUAAUCUUGGAUCCAACUGACCCAACCAGUAAUGUGAGCAGAGAUAACACCUGCUGGCAGCUGCUAAAACAAGAAGCUCAAACCUGGUUAUCUUCUCUCAGGCUGAACGAGUCACCUGGACUGUCCUGGAAUGUUCUGCCUGUGCCGCUCUACGUGACCCCAGGCCAUCUUCUAGACAGGUUCAUCAAGGACUUUCUCCAGCCCAACAGGACUUUCCUAGAUCAGAUCAAGAAAGCUGUUGACGUCAUCUGUAAGUUCCUUAAAGAAAAUUGCUUUCGACAUUCAACUACAAAGUGUCAGAAGAUUGUCAAGGUGAGGGGGUGGUCAACCGCCAAAGGCACGGCUCUGAAGAGCGGCUCCGAUGCCAACCUUGUUGUGUUUGCCCACUCGCUAAAAAGCUACACCUCCCCCAAAAACGAGAGAUGCAACAUCAUCAAGGAAAUCCAUAAGCAACUGGAAGCCUGUCAGCGGGAGAGGGAUUUUGAAGUGAAGUUUGAGAUUUCAAAAUGGAAGGCUCCCCGGGCGCUGAGCUUAACUCUGAAAUCCAAAGUCCUCAACGGAAGUGUUGACUUUGAUGUGCUGCCUGCAUUUAAUGCGUUAGGUGAACUGAAGUCUGACUUUACACCCAGCCCCAGGAUCUAUGCUGACCUCAUCUAUUUGCAUAAAUCCUCAGAUGCCCUGGGGGGAGAAUUUUCUACCUGUUUCACAGAGCUACAGCAAAAUUUCGUUUGCUCCCGGCCCACCAAACUGAAGGAUUUGAUUCACCACUGGUACAAAUGGUGUGGAAGCAAACUGAAGCAAAAGGCGUCUCUGCCCCAGAUGGAGCUGCUUACCAUCUACGCCUGGGAGCAGGGGAGCGGGGCGCAGGAUUUUGACACGGCUGAAGGUUUCCGGAUGGUCCUGGAGUUGGUCACAAAAUAGCAGCAUCUCUGUGUCUUCUGGAUGGUCAACUACAACUUUGAUGAUGAGAUUGUGAGGAACUUCCUCCUGACCCAGAUCCAGAGAACCGGGUGUGUGAUCUUGGACCCAGCCGAUCCUGCUGGCGACAUGGGUGGAGGGGACCGUUGGUGUUGGCAUCUUCUAGCAGAAGCUACUGAAUGGUUGUUGUCUCUCUGUUUCAGAGAUGGGUCAGGUUGUCCCAUACAAUCGUGGAAAGUGCCAACAGUGCAGUCACCAGGAAGUUGGGGAACAGGGAUACCUUCUAUUCUCAGUGAGAUGCACUUAUUCAGAAGGUGUCAAUUCCUGGAAUAA